AUGCAAUUAGAACCAUACCGCUUGACGGCGUCCGAGACACUGCAAAAAGUCCGCGCCGGUGAGCUCACAGUUGAAAGAUAUGCACAAUCGCUGCUCGACAGGAUCAAAGACCGCGACGAUGCCGUCCAGGCCUGGGCCUACCUAGAACCCGACCUGGUUUUGUCCCAGGCCCGGGAUCUGGACCGCAUACCCCCUGAAAGCCGCGGCCCUUUGCACGGCGUCGCCAUAGGCGUCAAGGAUAUCUUUUACACCAAAGACAUGCCUACGCAGCACAACUCACCCAUCUACGCCAACGACGCACCGGCUGUCGACUCGGGCCCCGUCGCCAUCCUCCGCCAGGCUGGCGCCCUCAUUGUCGGCAAGACCACCACCACCGAGUUCGCCGCCACCGUGGCGGGGACCAAGACCCGCAACCCACACGACCCCAACCGCACGCCGGGAGGCUCGUCCUCGGGCAGCGGCGCCGCCGUGGGCGACAUGCAGGUUGCCCUCGCCCUCGGCACGCAGACGGGCGGUAGCACCAUCCGCCCGGGCUCCUUCAACGGCAUCUACGCCUACAAACCAACCUGGAACGCCGUCAGCAGGGAGGGUCAAAAGAUCUACUCGCUGAUCCUCGACACCCUGGGCAUCUACGCGCGCUGCGUCGCCGACCUGGAGCUCCUGGCCGACGUUCUCGGCAUCGAGGACGACAAGGACGAUUCCCAGCCAUGCUUUGCCGGCGUCAAGGGCGCCAAGUUCGCCAUCCUCAAAACUGUCAUCUGGCCACAGGCCGGGCCGGGGACCCAAGCCGCGAUGGAAAAGGCGGCAGACCUCCUCCGCGCGCACGGCGCCGCGUCGGUCGAAGAGAUUUCGCUGCCGGCGGACCUGGACGCACUGCCCGAGUGGCACCGCGUCGUCAUCACCAGCGACGGGCGCAGCGCCUUCCGGCCCGAGUACGCCGGGUCGCGGGACCAGCUGUCGCCCUAUCUGGUCGACCAGGUGGAGAACGCGGCGGGCAUCACGAGGAAGCAGCAGCUCGCGGCGUUUGACGCCAUCGCGGCGGCCAGGCCGCGGGUUGAUGAUAUCUUGGCAAAGUACGAUGCCGUCGUCGUGCCGAGCGUGCCGGACGAGGCCCCGUCCGGGCUGGAGAGCACGGGAAGCGCGGCCUUCAAUGUUAUCUGGACGGCGCUGCACACACCCGUUGUUAAUAUCCCUGGCUUCAAGGGAGAGAAUGGUAUGCCGAUUGGGCUGUCGCUGGUUGCUCCUCGUUACCAGGACAGGCGGUUGUUGUCGGUCUGUAAGGCGGUUGGUAGGAUAUUUGAGACUGAAGGAGGAUGGAAACCUGCAUUAUGA